AUGUUCCUUUAAUUGUAUUUUUAAAGUUCAAUUAUCUAAAAUAUUUCAUCAGUAAUGUUUUAUACUUUUGUUGAAAAAAAUGUUUAUUUUUAUAAUUAAAUGUUUAUCUUCUCUUCAAUUAUCUAAUUAAAUAUUUUUUCUGUUUAAUAUAGUUUAAUUAUAUUUAAUGUUUAAUUUUAUUUUUAAAAUUCUUACUGCAUUAAAUGUUUUUUUCCUUUUAAUUGUUUUUAAUGCAAUUUAUUUCUUUAAUCUUUUUUCCUGUCAAGAUUUUAACCCCAACCUUAAAAAUGAAACGAACCCUUAAAUCACAAUAAAAAUACUUCUGUUGUCACAAUCAUGAGUUAGUCAGUUGUUCGGUUUAUCAAUUCAGCUUUAUUUGUUUACCACCUUUCACACAGAUGACAAAAUUAAACAAGCAAAGAGAAAAAACUAUGCUUAAACUAUGAUUCAAACUCAAAAACAUUUUAAAAAGAUUUAACAUGGUAACAAAAUAUAUUUUGUCGAGGAGAUUGAGGGAGUUUAAGUCUUUUUGGGCUCACAUGAUAAAUCAUUUACAUUAGAAAGCGACAGAAGAACCAACAAUAUCUCCCAUUUUCUCCUUUAACCAGUCGUCUCUUCUGGUGCUUUCAGACCAAAGAACUACAGACUCUUCACAACCUGCUCAAACUCUUGGUACAGGACCUCACCACAUGGUCAAGAAGGUUUCCUCCUCAUUUCUACCCUGAAGCUCACCUUCUCAAACUGCUGACAAAUGUUUCUGCUGCUCCAAAGUCUGGUCUCCAUAACUUCCUAAAAAUUCUUAAAGUCUCUACUGCUGCAGGUUGCUUUGUAGAACUGUUACAGAAAACCUCACUAAACCACAUGGAGGGGCCUCAAGAUAGUCAUCCAAAUGAAACCAUACAAAAACCAAACUAGCACAACCCAAGCGCUAAAGUCUCCGGCUACCAGAGAACCUCUUUAAACAGAGAAUCAGGACAGGAACCCUUACCUUCUGGACAACCAACGUUGGUUCACAAACAAGAAUACAGAAUGUGUCUGACCAAAAACCUCUAAAGACUCACUACAGCCAAGAUAAAGACACAACUCAGCUGCACCAAAUCCACUAUUCACUGCACACGUUAGCACCAUGUGCUAACUGUGGCUAAAGAACCACAUUUACCAAGACAACUAUCCAGUACAAAGACCUAAAACACACCAAGAAACAUAUUAAAGACAAUUUUACUGCUGGAAGCUGCAAGCCAACACCUAAACAACAAACUAAAGCAACAGAGCCAAACACGGAUGAGUGAAGAGGAGCAGAGGAAAUGUUUUACUGCAGACAGCUAAAGCAGGAAGAGACUGAGCUGCUCAGGUGUUCCUGAUAACACCAAGCAGCCACCUGGACAGCCAAUAGGAACACAGCUUACUGGAAGUCCAGAGGGCUGGCUUAGUGAAGGAAAUUUAGUUUAAAGUUGCAACAGAAAGUUAACAAAGAAAGUUGAAAACCACCUUCUGAUGCCUGAAAUCUCUGAGUUUUCACACAAAGAACACCUGAACAUGUCAAACUGGUUCCAUAGUAGAACUUUCACUGUAAAAACAUCAUAGUAUGGUGUGUUGCUCAAAAACAUUACAACCAGCUGUCUAAGAGUGACACAAAAACAGGACAACCACUGGUUUCUAGAGGGUUAGGAGCAGGCGUAAACUAACUGUGACGUCACCCGUUGGUUUCAACGGCAAGAAAAUGAAGCCCGGAUUUUGCUACUUCCUGGUCGCCGUUUUGGAUUUUUGGAGCCAGUGACGUAAAAAGCGUCAUCAAACAGACUGGACCGGAGAGCAACUAGGGGCAGGAUUGGCUGAGGACUCUCUUAUCCCGCCCACAUUUUACCGCAGAGGCUUCUGUUGCUGUCUAUCAAGUAUAGCCACACCCCCUGGCUCCGCCAACUUUAACGAUUUAUUUAAAAUUCAGUAUUGAUUUAUUUUGAGAUCGGCCACCUGAUCUCUCAUUUUGACCAUGAAAACUAACGGGAAAAAAAUCCUGAGCCGUAGAAAAUCAGUCAAUCAAAUUUUAUUUUUUCCAAAAAUGAAUUGGGGUCUAUGGAGAAAAAGCUUUUUGGAGCCAACCCUAGUGGACGGCGUGAUAUUGCAAGUUUUUGACACUUCCGGGUUGGCUUCAAUUCUGGAGCCAGAUGCUACGUCCACUAUAUAUACAGUCUAUGGUUAGGAGGCUAUUUAUUUGAAAGAGUAAGUUUACAACAACACAACAUGUGAGCAGAAAAAUCACAGUCUGUCUUUAGUUCGGCUGAAAAUAUUAGUUUUUGUCUUUUUUUAUUGACCAAACUUUUCAGGAAGUAGAUGAAGAAUAAUUAAAGCUCUCAUGUAGAAGUCAAACUUAUUUUGGAUCCUUGUGGAGAGUUUAAUCUUAGAGUUUGUAAAGCUGUUGAGUUUUUAAAAUCACAUGGAUUGUUUUGACAUUUAAUAACCGAGUCCUGAAAUAACAUUGCAGUUGUGGAUUUCUGUCAUUUAGUCUGGACUCAACAAAUAACAGCAGCAUAAAUCUCAAACGUCAUUGUGAGGAGUCUGGAUUGAGGUUUCUCACUUGAUAAUGAUCAAAACAUGAAAUUUAGGUUGGUUUAAAGGAAUAUUCCACCUUAAAUCUUUGAAUGUUGACCUAAAAGGUUGGUUUCAGGAAGUAGUCCACCUACAAGGUCCUCACACAUCCACCUUAAAGGAACAUUCCACCAAAAAUCCCUGGACAUGCACCUAAAGUGUUGGUUUAACUGAGUAUUCCAUCCAAAAUCCUCAAAGAGACCUGAGGGGCUGGUUAAAAGGAAUAUUCCACCUAAAACCUCAACUAGGGCAGUAUGUGCAGCAGCGACACCAGAAAGAGGUCCUCUCUGGAUGGAAGAACUGUGUCAGAGUGCCAGCUCCCUUUCUGCUCUUACCUUUCUCACGAAACUCAAGCGCCAUGGAGGACUCCAGUAGUUGACGUUUCCUGCUGCAACCUUCUCUUUUUCAGCUUUCUUCCACGUCUGAUCACUCCCGACCCGGUUUUUGUUAAAGUUUUGGACCCUUUUUCCGAGCUUUGACCAAUCCGAGAACAUGAAGUACAUCAUCGACAUCGGUGGCGUAACCACUGGAGGGAAAAUCAGCCUCACCAACUGCCUGAUCAAGAACCUGUCCAACUGCUGCGUGGUCCAUCAGGAUGACAUCUUCAAGCCCCAAGAUCAGAUUGAAGUUGGUGAAGAUGGCUUUAAGCAGUAUGAUGUCAUCACUGCUCUGGACAUGGAGGCCAUGAUGAGUAGGAUCUAUGCGUGGCUGGAGAACUCCGUGAAUUUUGAGAAGUCUCAUGGCGUUAAUAACACCCUGGACACAGAGAUCGUCCUGAAGUCCGACCACAAGGAGGAGGAGACUCACAUCCUCAUUGUGGAGUUCUUCCUGCUUCGCACCUACAGGCCUUUGAUGGACGUGCUAAACCAGCGUUACUUUAUUUCCAUCCCAUGUGAAGAAUACAAAAAGAGGAGGUGCUCUAGGAAGUAAACGGUUUCAGAUCCCCCUGGCCUGUUUGAUGGCCACGUCUGGACCAUGGACCUGCAACACAAGAAUAUCUGCUCACUGUGUAAGAUUAUUGAGAGCAGCUUUUUGUGAUUUCUAUGCAGAACACUAUGAUGUUUGCUGAGCUGUGCACUAUUAAAUGACUUUACAGCUGAGAACUAGUUGCUGAAAGUACAGAAUAUUAUUCAAACUUCAAACUUUAUUUAUUUGUAUAGCACUUUUCAUGCAGGACAACAAAGUGAUUCACAAGAAUUAAAAACAAAGAAGAGAAUAAAUAAAUACAAUUAAAAAUAGAUAUUGAUUAUUUUAGGUGUGAUAACUUUUCGGUGGCCCCCCCAAAAUAUGUGUUGUACCCCCCUGUGCCCCCCCCCACUGAAAUUAAUCUGGAUCCGCCCCCGGAGAGCAGAGUCUACUCAGGGACUGAUUACAGACGCAGCAGCUCAACAGCAGAACCCUGAACCACAAGUUAGGGAUGAGACAGAUGAAGAUGAUUCGGCUGAUAGUUUUGAUUACUGUGCUCGCCCUCAGUCACAGGAUGUACAUGCAUACAUUCCAAUGUUGUAACGAAUAGUGUUGGAGAUUUUCCCUAAAACUCAUGUUCUCAUAUUUGUGAAAUCUAAGUUGUGAUGGAACUGUCUCCUUGCAGAGGAAAAAAAGGUGAUAGUAUUAUUAGAAAGUACAACACUUUAUUUUAUUUUAUUUUUUAUUUAAAAUACAUAUUUUUAUUUGUUCUUUUGUUUCAUUUUUAAGGUUUAGAUAUCUGUGAACACUUAUUUGAACAGAAUAUAGAUUCUGAUAUUGUUGUGAAGAAUAAUGUUGAAAUAAAUCCUCAUUGUGAAGCAAAACUUACCUACACUGAAUUGGAAAUAUUUUAGAAAAAUACACUGAAUAACAAGGCUUUACAGAACAGUGCGCUAUUGAAGACCUAAUAUGUAAGGUUAUAACUACAUGAUUUUAAUAAUAAUAGGUCGUGAUCUAAAGUGGACUGGUCUUAGGCAUGAAACUCCAGGGCUGAAAAUGAGUCUCACUCCGGCCCUGGAGCUGACCACUCUGAGACCUGGAUACUGUGCUGCUGCAUCCAAGUUCUACUGACCCUGGAUGUGUGGCAAGGACAUUAUCUUGCUGAAACAUCAAGUUUGUGUGGGUUUGGAGAAUGGGACAAUACUUGGCAGAGUUCAAUGUGCUAUCACAGACAGUGAGAUGACCAACACCAGCAGCACUCAUGUAUCCCCAAACCAUGAUGCUGCCUCCAUCAUGUUUGUCAGUAGGCACUCUACAUGCUGGAGGUAAUGUUUCACAUGGCUUUUUGCGUGCCCUCACAUUAGCAGGAGGAAGGUAAGCUGGAAACUGGACUCAUCUGACCACAGAAUCUUCCAGUUUCUGGCUGUCCAGUUCUUGUGUGCUUGGGCCCAAUGACACCGGGCUAACCUCUGUCUCUCAUUGAUCAGGGGCUUCUUAACAACCUUGCAGGAUCUUAAGACAUGAUCUAAAAGUCGGUCAUUUCUUGAAGAAAAAACCAUUGGACACCCAGAUCUUGGUUUGUCUUCCAAGCUGUUGGCUCAUCUGUAUUUCUGCAGAGUGUAUCCAACUGCUGAAGGACUGCAUCUGCACUACCGGGCUAUCUGGCAACAACUGUACCCUUGCCGGCUGAGAAUCUGUAUCUUCAGGCAUGUUUUCUAUGUUAGGUUCCUUGUUUUAACCAUUUUUGUCUCUGAAGACCUUUCAAAUGUGCUGACUUUGUAUAGUCACGAAGCACGGCAACAAAAACUGUGUCUUUUAAUGAAAAGCACAACUUUCAUUAGUGGAUUACUGGUACAAAAGUGACUCAAUACUCCAAAUUUCUUCUGCAUUUUUAUGGAACCCAUCAAUUUUAAGUUUUUAAUGGCUUUUUAAGGAUUUGUUUCAUAUUUUGGCUGUGACUGUACUAAAUGAAAUUGCACUUGAAGACCUAAGAGUGAUUUUCCAUGCAAUAUUUCACAAAUGCAUGGGGUGUCCGAAAACUUUUUGCCACCGCUGUAUAAGUGCAAUAUCUACUUGCAGUAUUUAUUAUUUUCACAUUUCUCAAGACUGCUAUUUAUAAUGUGUAUUUAUUUCAUUUUUAUAAUGUGUAUUUGUAUAUAGUUUCUCUUUUGUUGCUGUUCUUACUUUUAUUCUUUACCUCUUGUUUUUUUUUUUUUUUUUUUUACAAACUUUAAGAAACACAAUGAGUUCAUGAAAUCCAAUGUACCUGUGCCAAUGGCAAUAAAUUCUAUUCUAACUGUAAGUAUGUCUAUUGUGAUAAUAAGGUAAAAUAAGGUUUUGUGUGUGAGGAGGAAGUUGUACUGAACUGUUUCCAUUAUGGUCAACAAAAUGUCAAUGGAAUUUGCAUUUUCAUUUUCACCAUGUGUAGCUAGAAAUACCCUGAUGCACUGCACCAGUUGUGCAAUUUUCUAUGUAUAGUGCUCUUGUCAACAUAUUCUAAUAUGUGAUCGACACGUUUGUUUUCUGCUCCACAAUAAAGCAUAACUGUUCAAAACAUA